AUGUUUAAUAAAAUUAUUUUUAUUUUUAUAUUUGGGUAUGUGUACUGUGAAUAUCGAAGAAUAUGGAAAGUCGAGGAAGCUAAAGUAUCAUUAUUUCGAAGAACACCAAGACCGAGCAGUUUCAAUCAUAUUUUACAUUUACCCCCUCAACCAAAUUUUACAAAUAUAACUUGGACCCCGACUGGUCAUGUAUGGUUUAUUUACGAUGAGGAAAAGAAAGAAUGGAAACAGGUAUACAGACCAACAUUUACAGUAGUGUACCACGAACCAAGUGUGUUUUCUUCAGCUUGGUUAUUUGUAAAAGAGACAUGCUCAGAUAUCGUUGUUGCUGUAAAAUCAUUUGUCAUUGAAUCGGCGAAACUUACAUUCUAUCUAGGUCGGAAACUAAUUCCUAUAUAA